AACCGUCAAUAAAUGCACGUUAUUCUCGACAUUGCUGAAGAAGCCCACGUAAAAAAUUUCGUUGCAGAGAUAGGUGUUCUCUUUCUAUCUCCUUUCCUUGCGAAAACUUGUUCUGGUUCUAAUCAUGGCAGGAGGGGAAGAUACUCACGCAAGAGAGCUCGAUCAGACACCCACUUGGGCCGUUUCCAUUGUUUGUGCCGUUAUCGUUAUUAUCUCUAUACUUCUAGAAAAGGUUCUUCACAGGGUUGGAGAGUGGUUUACAAAAAGACACAAGAUGGCUCUGUAUGAAGCUCUUGAGAAAGUUAAAGCUGAGCUGAUGGUUCUCGGUUUCAUUUCUUUGCUUUUAACAUUCGGCCAGAGCUACAUUGCCAGAAUAUGCAUUCCCUUAAAGUUUGCAGAUACAAUGUUGCCUUGCCCCAAUACGACAAAGCACAAGCACGAGGGUACACAAGAGAAGGGGGAACCUCAUCGGAGGCUUUUAUGGAAUGAACACAGAUUCUUAGCUGGUGGCGGUGGACCUGUCAAAUGCAAACCAGGUUAUGAGCCGCUUAUCUCUGUCAACGGAUUACAUCAAUUGCACAUCUUCAUAUUCUUCUUAGCGGUCUUUCAUGUAAUAUACAGUGCAAUAACAAUGAUGCUUGGAAGAUUGAAGAUUCGUGGAUGGAAAGAAUGGGAAAGGGGAACUUCAUCGCUUGACUAUGAAUUUUCCAAUGAUCCAUCAAGAUUCAGGCUUACUCAUGAGACAUCUUUCGUGAAAGCUCAUACCAGCUUCUGGCUGAAGACUCCGUUCUUCUUUUACUUUGUUUGCUUUUUCCGACAAUUUUUCAGGUCUGUUCGUAAGGCUGACUAUUUGGCUAUGCGCCAUGGAUUCGUCACGGUUCAUUUGGCUCCAGGAAGUAAGUUUGACUUCCAAAAGUAUAUUAAAAGGUCUCUAGAAGAUGAUUUCAAGGUAGUUGUGGGAAUCAGUCCUGUGCUAUGGGCUUCGGUUGUGUUCUUUUUGCUGCUUAAUGUUGAAAGAUGGCAGGCAUUGUUCUGGGAUUCUAUAAUUCCUGUAGUUGUAAUCUUAGCAGUUGGAACAAAGCUUCAAUCAAUCAUAAUACAAAUGGCUCUUGAAAUCCAAGAAAGACAUGCAGUGGUUCAGGGAAUUCCUCUUGUCAAAGUCAGUGACAAGCACUUUUGGUUUAGCAGGCCUAAGUUAGUUCUUUUUCUCAUCCAUUUCGUUCUAUUUCAGAAUGCAUUUCAAAUAACACAUAUCUUGUGGAUAUGGUAUGAGUUUGGGAUGAAUUCCUGCUUCCAUGAGGAUGUGUCGCUUGUAAUUGUAAGAAUUGCUCUAGGGGUCGGAGUCCAGGUUUUGUGUAGUUACAUUAUCCUACCCCUCUAUGCCCUCGUAACUCAGAUGGGAUCAACUAUGAAGAAGUCGAUAUUCGAUGAUCAGACAAACAAGGCACUUAAGAAGUGGCACAUGACUGCCGUAAAGAAGAAGAAUGAGGUAAAGGCUGGACAUUCCCCUACUGCAUCACCUCUGCAGUCCCCGGUCCCCCAGUUCAAGACCACCGGGCCCUCUCCAUACUCAGAUCAUGAAGUAUCUAAAAUGGAAGUUGAAACAUCACCCAAAUCAUCAGCAGCCAACCUGAUUGCUGAUGUGGACAAUGGUGGUCCACGGUCUGGAACAAGGGAACAGCAGCACCGUGAUGGAGAACGCCGUAAUGGAGAUGACUUACCCUUUGGCAAGGUUGACCUAUUAAGUUGAUGAAGAUGAUGAUGAUUAUGACAAUACUCUGUUCUCAUACCUGUGUCAGAGGUGGUUGUGGUGGUAUCAGUUUUCUAAGAGUAAAUAUGAUGUACAUAGCAUGUCUCGGGAUAUGGCUCAGCUGAACUCCAGCCACUUGUAUUGUACAUGUGACAUGCUUGCUCAUUGUGAAUAGUUGUUGGCCUAUACUUCUCUUCAAAUUAAAUGCCUUUUCUUAUCAAUCAGUGAAAACAAGUAGCUGUAAGUAGUUGCA